AUGCGUCCAUUUAUUCAAAAAUCAACUCCAACAUUAUCAAAGAGAACAUCCACUUUCUCAAUAACAAAAAAAUACACAUACGCAAAUGCUGCAACUGCCACCGCAGCAGCAGCAGCUUCUGCCACCGCCGCUGGAACAACCACUUCAACAAACAACGCUCCAAUAGUUAACCAUGCAACUCAAGAAACACCCUUCGAUUAUAACGGAUUAAUCGAUAACGAAUUAAGGAAAAAAAGACUCGACAAAUCAUACAGAUAUUUCAACAAUAUAAAUAGAUUAGCAAAGGAAUUCCCCCUAGCUCAUCGUCAAAUGGAAAAUGAUAAAGUAACAGUAUGGUGUUCCAACGAUUAUCUCGCAUUAUCUAAAAAUCAACAAGUUAUUAAUAAAAUGAAAUUAACUUUAGAUAAAUAUGGUGCUGGUGCAGGUGGUACAAGAAAUAUCGCAGGCCAUAAUAAAUUAACUAUGGAAUUAGAAGCUGAAUUAGCUACAUUACAUAAGAAAGAAGGUGCUCUUGUAUUUUCAUCUUGUUUCGUUGCUAAUGAUGCGGUAUUGACUUUACUCGGUGAAAAGAUUAAAGAUUUGGUCAUUUUCUCAGAUGAAUUGAAUCAUGCUUCAAUGAUUAUUGGUAUCAAACAUGCAAAACCCGUUAUGAAACAUAUCUUUAAACAUAAUGAUUUGGAUGAAUUAGAACGUAUGUUACAAAUGUAUCCAAAAUCAACUCCAAAAUUAAUCGCUUUCGAAAGUGUUUAUUCAAUGGCUGGGUCUGUAGCUGAUAUUGAAAAAAUUUGUGAUUUGGCGGAAAAAUAUGGUUGUUUGACCUUCUUAGAUGAGGUGCAUGCUGUGGGACUUUAUGGUCCACAUGGUGCUGGUGUUGCUGAACAUGUGGAUUUUGAAUCUCAUCGUCAAGUGGGGAUUAAAUCAACUGAAUUUAAAUCCGUCAUGGAUCGUGUUGAUAUGAUUACUGGUACUUUGGGUAAAUCUUUCGGUACUGUAGGUGGAUACGUGGCAGCUUCUAGUAAAUUGAUUGAUUGGUUUAGAUCAUAUGCUCCAGGGUUCAUCUUUACUACUACUUUACCACCCGCUGUUAUGGCAGGUGCUGCUGAAGCAAUUAGAUUCCAAAGAAGUCAUUUGAAUUUAAGACAAGAUCAACAAAGAAAUACCGCAUAUGUAAAGAAUGGGUUGAAACAAUUAGGUAUCCCAGUAAUACCAAACCCAUCUCAUAUCGUCCCUAUCUUGAUUGGUAACCCUGAUUUAGCAAAACAAGCAUCUGAUAUAUUAAUGGAAAAGCAUAAGAUUUAUGUUCAAGCAAUUAAUUUUCCAACAGUUUCUCGUGGUACUGAAAGAUUAAGAAUCACUCCAACACCAGGUCAUGAUAACGAAUUAAGUGAUAUCUUAUUGAAUGCAAUCGAUGAUGUAUUUAAUGAAUUGCAAUUACCUCGCAUUAGAGAUUGGGAAAUUCAAGGUGGGUUAUUAGGUGUAGGUGAACCUGGAUUCAAAGAACCUGUUAAUUUAUGGACUCAAGAUCAAUUGAAUUUAACUAAUGAGGAUUUAAAUCCAAAUGUUUUCAAUCCUGUUGUUGAACAAUUAGAAGUCUCAAGUGGUAUUAAAGAAUAG